CAGGACAUCUUCUGGGUUACCUUGACUGUUCAGAGCAUAACUGUUUUUUGUGCAUAUAGUUACUGCAAUUCAGCAUUACUAAAAUUGGAAAUAUUUAGAUUCACUGAUUUUAAUGGGUAGUAUGGUCCUCACUGUCACAGUAGAUAAUUGCUGAACUUCUGGUUUAGUUGGUUUUCACGUGAGGGUACGAAGAGGAAGAGUCCUGGAACAAGUCUGUAGGUCAGGAGCUAUUCAGGCGUAGAGUUUCCUGAUGCCCUUGCAGAUUGACGACCUGCUGGUGAAUUUUGGCAGAAGUUUCAAAACUUUGAACUUUGCCAAGGUCACUUGGAAGUGCAAACUGAUAGGUAGUUGUAAAUCAAUCUUAGGUGAAUUUUAGGUUUACCGGAAGUGUAGCGAUCCUAUGCCAAGGAUCAACCUUGUUGUCGUCUUCUGAAUAUUUGCUGUAUAAUAUCUGUCUUCAAGGGAAUAAUUAGCAGAAUGACAGAAACGGUGAAAAAUAUUGUACCAGCAUGGCUGCAGAAAUAUUUCAAUAAGCGUGAGGAAGAGUGUGCAGAUGGAAAUGAAUCUGCAAACCAGGAGGAGACUCCGGUAAACUAUCAUCAUGAUUAUGCAGACGAAGAUACCAUAAUCGAUGAGAGAUUCACACCUGAACCAGCAAGAAUUAAUAGACAAGAACCAUCCACAAGUAGAUCAGCACUGAACUUCCCAGUUGUGUUAACAAGGCCCUCUCUUCAUCGGAGCCAUCUGAAUUAUCCCAUGUUGGAUUCUCCUGUCCCACCUUGUCAGCCCUCGACAUCUUCUAUAUUUGGCAUUGGCAGUCCUGGGCUCUCUUUCAUAAAAGAAAUAAAAGAUUCUACCUCUCAACAAGACGAUGAUAACAUCUCAACAACCAGUGGUUUCUCCUCUAGAGCAUCUGAUAAAGAUGUUGCAGUUUUAAAAAAUACUUCGUCAUCACUGCUCUGGCCCACAGAAGCUGAAAGAACUCAUUCCCUCUCGCAGCAUUCUGCAGCUAGCUCUAAGAAACCUGCAUUCAGUUUAUCUGUUUUUGGAGGACUGUGUCCUGCACGUGGAAGCACAUCUUUUUGUAAGCAAAACCAGCUUGGGUUUUCUCCAUUUUACCCCGGAAAGACGGCCUAUGGUGGUGCAGCUGUAAGAUCAAAGCAGCCAAAGACGGAACCUUAUCGGGCACAAAAGAGAGCGAAAGCUAGACAAGAAACUGUGCGGUCCCCCGCUACCUUAAGUACCGCAGCACGGUGCAUCUUGGAGGCAAUGGAGAAGCUGUCAAGCCCUUUGUUGGAUGCUAAAAGAAUGGCAUCUCUUUUGCCGCUGUAUUGUCCUCCGGACAUAGAUAAACUGGAUAUUACUGACUUCCAGUCCAAACGAAGAAAGCUGGAAUCCCAGAAUGCAUCCCAGCAUCCACCUGUUAAGAGACUUGUGACACCAAAGGUAAACCCUCAAUCGAUGCUGUAUGCCCGGUAUCCUAAACCAUCACCGACUGCAACUACUCAGUCCAGCAAAAUUCGCCAGAGAGUGGACACAAAGUACCAAGGAAUGAGAGAGAAGACUUUGCCUGCAGAACAGCAAGCAGAACCAUCUGAAAGCAAUGUGACCAGCUACAAAUUCAAUACUGCUGCAUCCAAUGGUCUGUCUUCAGGAAUGAGUAGUGGAGGCGGCAAAAUGAGAAGGGAAAGAGGAAUGCACUAUUUAUCAAGAGCUGUACAAGAACAGGAAGUGGAGGAACCAGUGCUACCGAAAAUACCACUACCCAUCGCUACUGCAUCGCUGCCUCAGUUCAAUUUUAGUUUCGUUGAUAGUAGUGCUGUCUCAGCGUCACCGAGCACUGUUUCAACAGCGGCAAUGAGCAUGGCAACUCCAGCAGCUGCGACGGGCGUGGCAAAUCCAGCAGCAGCAAGGGGCGUUGCGAUUCCAGCAGCAGCAACAGGCGUUGCAACUCCUGCUGCAGCGAUGGGCAUGGCAACUCCAGCAGCAGCAACGGGAAUGGCAACUCCAGCAGAAGCAAAAGGCAUGGGAAACCCUGCAGAAGCGACGGGCAUGGAUAAUCGAGUGGCAGUGACAGGAAUCGCAAGAACAGCGGGAGCGACGGGCACGGGAAACGGAGAAGCUGCAACGGGUAUGGAAAAUCAUAAAGCAGCGGCAGGCACAGGAAAUCCAGCAGCAGCAACAGGCGCAGGAAAUCCAGCAGUAGCGCCGGCGGCAGGCAUGGCAUGUCCAUCAGAGGUGGAGGGCAUGGCAUGUCCAUCAGAGGUGGAGGGCAUGGCAUGUCCAUCAGAGGUGGAGGGCAUGACAGAUCCAUCAGAGGUGGAGGACUUGACAGAUCUAUCAGAGGAGGAGGUGGAGGACAUGACAUAUUCAAUGGCGACGGCGGGCAUAACAUAUUCAACAGUGUCGUCAGGCUUGACAUAUCCAGUAGUGGCGCCGGGCACGCCAUCUCUAAUGAUGACAAAGGGCAAGGCAAAGUCAACAGCGGCAACAACGAGCAUGGCAAAUUCAACGGCGGCGGCGGGCAAGAUACAACCAACAAGUAAUGUUAGCAGUCCUGAGUUCGCAUUUUCAUCUCCAAUUGUGAAAUCUACUGAGGCAGAAGUGCUACCUACGUUUUCUCAGAUUGGGUUUACAUUUAGUGUUCCUGUUGUAAAAUCAGCAGAACUUUCUGGAUCCAGUGGUACUCCAGUGACGUCCUUUCUUACCCUAGACACCACCACCUCAACUAAUACCAACACACAGAAAGAGGAGGUCGAAGAUUUUGUUGGUGGUCCCUUCACAACUGCACAUGUAUUAAAGGAAGGAAGCGUCUUAGACAUUCUAAAAAAUCCUGACUUUGGAUUUUUGAAAACACACUCUUCUACAUCUGUACAACCUACAACAAGCACAGUGGUUUAUACUAGGCCUGCAAUAACAACUUUUUCUGCAGGUAAAGAGACUUCUAAACAAGCAUCAUACUGGCAAUCUGAUACACGUGACCCUUUUCUGCAAAACAAAGACAUAAACAACAAAUGUGUAACUUGUCAAUCUACUAAAGCGUCAACAGUUGAGAGUAUGAAACAGACAGUAAGUUCAAGUCAAUGUGACACCUCAAAGCCAGCAGCGCCCCCAGCAGGGAUGCUGGGCUUUGGAGACAAAUUCAAAACAGUACCUGGAACGUGGGAUUGUGAUACCUGUCUUGUCCAAAACAAACCGGAAGCUACAAAAUGUAUAGCAUGUGAGACACCAAAACCUGGAACGGGAGUAAUGCCUGCUCUGACAUUACCAGUGGUCACAGACAGCUCGGUGACAGUGACAUCCUCCUCGAGCAGCACUGACACAACAGCCACUCUGGGCUUUGGAGACAAAUUUAAGAAGCCGAAAGGCUCUUGGGACUGUGGAAUAUGCCUUGUAUCAAAUAAGACAGAAGAUAACAAAUGUGUAGCCUGUCAGUCUGAGAAACCAGAAGGUCCAACACCUGUGACCAGUAGCAGUGCAUCUGCAUUUUCUGCUCCUUCUGGAGAAUUUCUGGAUUUAGACAAAUUCAAGAAGCCUGAAGGAAGCUGGGAUUGUGAGACCUGCUUGGUUCGAAACAAAGCAGAGGCCACGAAGUGUGUAGCCUGUGAAAGUGCAAAGCCAGGCACCAAAGCAGAGCUCAAAGGUUUUGGUACUGCUACUGCGUCCACAAAUGCUGCCUUGCCAUCAUUUACAUUCGGUGUUCAGCCAUCAUCAUCCUCUGAGUCUUCUCAUACAUUAGAUAGCACAGGAAGUUUUAAAUUUGGAGAACAAGGGGGCUUCAAGUUUGGCAUUGCCUCGGAAUCUGCAUCCUCCAACAGUUUGGUUGGGGGAUUUAAGUUUCCUAGUACUCCAGGGGACUUCAAAUUUGGAGUUUCAUCCUCACUCUCUAAAUCAGAAGAGAGUAAAAAAGAAGGAAAAAAUAACAGUUUUACCUUUGGCCUUCCAUCUACAAGUAGUCAGGCUCCUUCAACGUUUCGGUUCGGGGCAGCGAGCCUGGGACAGCAGGAAAAGAAAGAGGAACCAGUAUUGGGAGGUUUUGCUUUUGGUACAAGUUCUGCUACUUCCAUGGUUGCCAACGAGAAUAAAACCGGAGUCAGUGGCUUCACUUUUGGAACUGUUGGAGAAAAGGAGGUUGUAUCGGCUUCUUUUGCAUUUAAGAAGCCAGAUGACAAGAAGGAGGAAGCUCCUUCAACAAAGGGAGGCUUCUCCUUUGGCAGUGCAGAGUCUGUAGCUGCCUCACAGUUUAUUUUGGGAAGGACAGAAGAGAAGCAGGAUUCUGUCACUUCUGCUGCUCCGUUAGUGUUUGGGAAGAAAGCUGACACUGAAGAGUCAAAGACACAGCCUAUCUUUUCAGUUGGGAAGUCCGAGCAUACAAAAGAAGAGAGCACAGCAAAACCUAUAUUCAACUUCAGUUUCGUUAAACCAUCAGAGAAGGAACCUGAGCAAGCAAAGCCAGCUUUUUCAUUUGGGGUCCAAACCAGUACUUCAGAUCAAGGAGCAGCAAAACCAUCCUUCAGCUUUUUGAGCUCUGGUUCCUCCAGCACAGCCAUACCCACCACUUCAGCCAACAGCAGCAGUGUGUUUGGCAGCGUCACCUCUUCCUCAAACCCUAUGCCGGUCCCUGCACCCUUUGUGUUUGGACAAGCCAGCAACACUGUGAGCAGCUCCACAUUUGGCAAUUCUGCAGAAUUUACAACAUCUCAGUCGUUUGGCUUCUCCCAAGAAAACAAACCAGCAACCACAUCUUCCAGCACUGGUGUAGCCGUUGCUCCCUUUGUCUUCGGUUCAGGAGCCAGCAGUAGCAAUGCAGCAAAUCCUGGAUUUACCUUUGGAGCCACAACCACAUCAAGUUCUACAGGGUUGUCCUCUUCGUUUGUGUUUGGCUCUGGGUCUCCAGCACCUGCUGCUGGCCCGGCAUUUGGUGCCAGUCAGCCACCAGCAUUUGGCCAGAGCCAGGGGUCCAGCCAGCCAAACACUCCGAGUUUUGGAUCGCUGUCGACAACAUUGUUUUCAGCGGGCUCUCAGCCUGCUCCUCCUGCCUUCGGCUCUGUGACGAGCAGUACUCAGCCCCCUGUGUUCGGACAGCAAGCGAGCCAACAGCCAGGUUUUGGCUCUGGUACCUCCAGCGCUGGUCCUGUAUUCCAGUUCGGAAGUAACACUUCUAAUUUCAAUUUUCCAAAUAACCCGGGAGUAUUUACUUUUGGUGCAAAUCCUACUGCACCAACAGCAUCGGCACAGCCUUCUGGCUCUUCGGGAUUUUCAUUCAGCCAGCCUCCAGCAUUUACAGUGGGGACUAAUGGAAAAAAUAUUUUCUCUGCCUCUGGAUCUUCGGUUUCUGGUCGGAAGAUAAAGACUGCAGUUAGACGUAGAAAAUAAUCGCCUGAUACGUAAAGCAACUUUCAAAGCAGCUGCUGCCCUGCAUUGUUCAAUUGUUGGGAUCAUACCUCAUGCUGGGAUAGCUGAAGUCAGAUCUGCUUAAAGGAGUGUAAAACUCUGCUGCCCCUUCCUACCCUCCCUCAUUUAGUUCUUUUGUAACGAGUAGAGUUGGCAACAGAGCCCUUCUCAAGCGAAACUAUUUUAGAAUCCGGCAAGUUAUCUCUUUCACGGACUCGGCAUGGUCCGGCUAUAGACAUGAGUAUAGCCUGCACAGCGAAUGGCUUGUACAAUACCUCUUCAUCUGCACCACUAUGUGCGCUCAUCCACGUUUACUGACGCCUCAAAAUUGUAAUUAUACCAGUGAGGGAUUCUGUAUAGAGUAGAGAAUGUUUUAAUGAAUGAUUUCUAUGCUGAGUUUGUGCUGGUGUAUGUGUGAAGUGAGUGAGUUUGGGUGUAUUGUGCACUAAAAUUUUCUGAUAGAGAAAGUAUGAAUUAAGAAUGAUCCAUGCUAAGGACUUGUUAGAUCUGUAGUUCUCCAUUUAAUAACUAUAUAUGCUAUUUCUAUAUUUUCAUUCUUACAGCCCUUUAUCACAUCUCACCUUUGUUAUUUUAUUAUUGAAACGUGUAAAUAAAUUUUGUUUCUCUAUGUACUUUUUUGGCAUAACAAAUCUGUGAAAUUGAAAUUUUAAUUUUGUGUGUUACAGCCAUUUUUGUUUAGUAUUGUCUCAGAUUUUAUGUAAAUCCCAUUAUUCAAAGUUGCCUAAAUCCAUUUAGAAAAUCUUUAAAAUUGGGAAUUCUUAAAGUAAGUUUAUUGGCUUUUCUGAUCCAUUUUUGUUUGGACCAAAAACCAGUAUUGUACAAAGUAUUAAGUAUAUAUUUUUAUAUUUACUGAAAUGGACUGUGGUGACUUUGGAUAAUAAGGAAAAGUUUAAUAUUAAAGCCAUGUUUAUUACAGUAUAAUUAACAUGUUAAACCAUGGGAUAAAUGCCAUCAAUAAAAACUAUAAAAUAUUGACUGGCAGUUUUAACUCCCAGUGAAGGCAUCUGCAGACAACGCACGCAGCCUGAGUUGAGUGGUGGUACACACUUUCUGCAACCUCUGCUCUUUAACAGGGACCUUGGCACUCAUCUUAAACUGUCUUUAAGUAAAGAAAGAAUUUUAUGGUAGACUUGCAUAAAGCCCCAGGUCUGACAGCUGUCUAGCUACAAUGAUUGCAGAUAACUUUUACAGUUUCUCACAACCACACAAACAAAAAAGUGAUCUUAGAAAUAUUCACCAGCACUCUAAUUGAAAAAGAUGAAGCAUACCUAAUUGUAAAUGGAUAACGUUUUCUGCACACGUAUAGGAGUGAGAAAAGCUUCUUAGAGAACAUUCUAGUGAAGGGAGAGAGAAUGCUCGUGUUUGUUUGAGGACUACAGCUGAACUUUCAGUAAGCCACAGCACACUGUUUGUGGUUGAGAUCCUAUCAUUUGCUGCAGCCAGAACUGAAAGCUCCCCUUCCCUCUUGUGGCAUGAAGGGAGAAAGGCCUUAGAAUAGUUGCAUAAGCUUUAAGCAUCUUCCCCUAAUGCUGCUUUGUAUUUCUACAGCUGCCAGUGUUAUGAAAUAAGGUACUUUUCUAACCCUGCACUAGACUUGACAGGAAGACGAACUUUAACCUUUGCUUUUCGGAGUCUUACAGAAUGCAGGGAACUCAAAUCAGUUUUUCUAUGCAUAGAAGAUGUUUAGCAACUGGAAUUUAAAACCAUACCUAUAAGCUACUAUUCAGGUGGUCACACCUUACCCCUGAAACUGUGGAAGAAUUGUAUGCAAUUAGGUAUUUCCUUAUAUCUAAAUCUGAGACGUGCCACAGUUUUCUGUAGCACUUUUACCUACCACAUACUCAGCCUACCACUAGAAAAAAGGGGUCUUUUCAAGGGAACAUACGCACGAGUCAAACUAAACGUUGAAGAAAAGUUGAAGUUUACAACAGUACAGUGUAUACAUCUUUCCCUGGGCAAGUCUGGUGUUUUUCUUUGAAGGUUUUCUUUACCUGCUAUGGAAGGGGGUAGUAUUUUCUAACAGAGUAAGGAGAUACUGUCCCUUAAACCUGAAGCAUUAGCAAUAACCUGUACCCAACUGUUUUGCUCCCCAUGCCCAUCUUAAAGCCCCGUUUCUAGGUCACCACUACAGGAAGUAGACUAAAACUUCCUUUUGCAUUCAUACUGAGAGUGUAAGUAGGCAACACACACCUUAAAAUCAGCUUUAGUCAGUUCUGACAGCUGUAGCUUGUCAGGUUGAUAGCUAGCUGUAGCUGUUCCUCAACUUUUGAUGUUAACACUCAAGUAAACAGUGCAAUUCUUUGAAAGAACAGUGAAACAAUCUCUCUUGGGUUCCAUUUCAGCUGCACGCACUUUGAGGGGUCAAUUAAGCAGCAACACUGGUCCCUACAAUAGCAUGGGAAAUGAAGAUAGAUGAAAAAAAAGGUUACCUUAAUAAACAAAAGAACACCAUUUGUUAACUCAGAAAGAGUAACGUUAAUAUUCUGCAUUUUUUUAGUUUAUUUCACCUGAAGAGAUAGAAACAAGAACCCAUAAAAAUAAUCCUACCACCACCUCCAAGACUGAAGGUAGGGUUAGAGCCAAGAGGAAGAACAGCCUCAGGGAGGAACACACAAAAACUGGGCACUGGAAGAAUUCCAAACUCUUAUUAAAAUAGGAAUAAAACGUCAACAUUGUGGUAUAUUGUCCUUUCCAAGAUACUAAAUGACAUAAGAACAAAUUACCAGAGCUAUGUAAUCAUGCAAAAUAUUAGGUUUUUUUAUUCAGUAGUUGUUAUUCUGAACAUACAAACAAUUAGCCAGAAUAUAAAGUGAACAUAACCAGUAUUUGUACUUCUGUGGAUUUAUACCCAUGACACGCAUUUCAGUUAUUAUUUUCUGCAUGCUCCUGAAACUCAUUCAAUUGUUUUGCUUGGUAUUAUUAUAUGCAAGAAAUAGACGAGUGCUUUCAUUCCAGCCAGAAGCAGAUGAUGUGUACUGUUCACAGCUCCAGAAUUACAUACAUGCCAAGUCACUAACACUGCAGUGUAACAUAGCCUUCCCGAAGAAAAAGCAGCUGCUGUUUCACCUCUUCAUUAGCUUUGACACAUGAAAUAAUGACAACGCUUACGAUCAUCAUGCAAAAAAACUUGUCACAUCAAUGUUCA